AAAGAGGAAAUUUCAUAUUAAAUGCAAUUAAAGGAAACUUAGAAAUAAAUCUUCAAUAAAAUAUAGUCCAGUCCAGUAAUAGUAGUAAACAGCAUUAUAACUAUAUGGAAUAAGGUUUCAUCACAAGUCUGGUUUUUCUAGUGACUCAUCUCUCUACUUUUAGCAAGCUUAAUUAAUCUUGAUGACCCAAAUAAGAACGAUUGGAUUUUGAAUUCUCCAGUCUAUUUUUAGUUUUAUUUUCCGUUUUGCCUCUGUGGUCUUGAUUUGGGUUGUGUUUUCCAGAUAAUAAAGGUAAAUAGGAGCAGAAAUUUGCGGUAAAAGAACAAACUUUACGGGUUUGAAUAGCUGAAUUUACCAAUUCUUGUUCUCAGGAAUUUUAGUUGGAUGCACGGGUGUGGGUUUAUGGAAGUAGUAGAUGUUAGAUUUGAUGAAAAUAGCAGAAAUCACCUUGGAAGUGUUUGAAAGUUCUUGAAAAAGAUACUACUGGUUUUGUGGAUAAGUUACUGUAUAUUCCAAAAUGUCUCUGAUUCCUGAUAAAAGCAUGUUACCUUCAAGGUCUCUGUCCUGUCUAAUAGCCAUUUCUGUUUUCCUUUUGAUAAUUUCUUCACUUUCCCUUCUUCAAUUUGCUGACAAUUCUUUCAUACCCAGAUCAGUUUUUAGUUUAAUUCUUGCUAAUAGUACAUCCGUUUACUUGACCUCAAGUGGAGAAUCUAAAGCUCCUUUCUUGCCUAUUGAAACUUCACAUGAACAAAUCCUGAAAAGCCAAGAGUUAGCUUGUCACACUUCCAGUUUCAGCAAUGAUAAUGUUGGAUUCGGAGUUGGGAAAACUUGUGGCCCGAAACGAGCUCUUCUUAAAGUGUAUAUGUAUGACUUACCUCCUGAAUUUCACUUUGGGCUAUUAGGUUGGAAAGGAAGUAGGGACCAAACAUGGCCUAGUGUUGGUAACCCGAGCCAAAUACCCUCAUAUCCUGGUGGCUUGAAUUUGCAGCACAGCAUUGAAUAUUGGCUUACCCUUGACCUUCUAUCCUCAAACUCCCCAAAUAUUAAUAGACCAUGCACUGCUGUCAGGGUGCUGAAUUCGAGUGAAGCAGAUGUAAUUUUUGUGCCCUUCUUUUCGUCUUUGAGUUACAAUAGGCAUUCGAAGGUUCAAGGGAAGGAAAAAAUCAGUCUCGAUAGAGUGCUGCAGGAUAAAGUGGUGGACUUUUUAAAAAGUAGAGAUGAGUGGAAGCGAAGGGGUGGAAAGGAUCAUGUAAUUGUUGCUCACCACCCCAAUAGUAUGUUGGAUGCAAGAGAGAAGCUAGGUUCCACCAUGUUUGUACUUGCAGAUUUUGGAAGGUAUAGAGCCGAAAUAGCAAAUAUUGGAAAGGAUGUGAUUGCUCCUUACAAACAUAUGGUCCAGACAAUAGGUGCUGGCAACUCACCCUCUUUCAGACAACGGAAUACGUUAGUUUACUUUCAAGGGGCAAUCUAUCGAAAAGAUGGUGGAGAGAUUCGUCAAAAUUUAUACAACCUUCUCAAAGAUGAAAAGGAUGUACACUUCACAUUUGGAAGCAUUCAAGCAAAUGGUGUCAGGGAGGCUGGAAGAGGAAUGGCAUCGUCCAAAUUCUGCCUGAAUAUUGCUGGAGACACUCCCUCUUCAAAUCGUCUCUUUGAUGCCAUUGCUAGCCACUGUAUUCCGGUUAUAAUUAGUGAUGAGAUUGAGCUACCAUUUGAAGACGUUCUCGAUUACUCAGAGUUCUGUGUGUUUGUAAAUUCAUCUGAUGCUGUAAAGAAGGGCUACCUUCUGAACCUUCUUAGAGAAAUGAAGGAAGAUCAGUGGACCAAAAUGUGGGAAAGGAUAAAGGUGCUCAGCAAACAUUUUGACUAUCAAUAUCCAUCCCAAACUGGUGAUGCAGUGGAUAUGAUUUGGCAGGCAGUUUCAAGAAAGGUGUCAUCUAUACAACUGAAGGAUCAUCGCGACAAAAGAUACCACAGGUCGCAGCUUUUCCUCAAAGACCAGAUGUCAUGAUUAUUUAUGUGAAAUUUCAGAACCUCAUCCUGUAGUUCUUUUAGGAGAUCAGCUGUCAGGUCGAGCUUGAUUCUCUACUUUGUGGUAUGAGUUUCCAAAUUUCUUAACUUAUUGUAAAUUCUUUUUUUAUAAUGAAUGCAAAUUUUGUGCCUCUCCUGACAGAUAA